CAAAAAGUCUCUUGACACAGUAUCUCAAUCAAUAGGAAGGUUAUAUGGCACACAUCAGCAGGCACAAGAACUCAAGAAUAUUUACAUUUUUAAUGCUUUGUAAUGGCACAUUAAUGUUUCCCACCGUUGAUGGUUGGACAUAUCACUACUCAGCGCAGUCCAUGCCAUAUGAGGCGGCUCGAAGAUACUGUCAGAGUAAAUACACCGACCUGGUGGCCAUUCAGAAUAAAAAAGAGAUUGAAUACCUUGAAGAAAACAUCCCACAUAACCCGACCUAUUACUGGAUAGGGAUAAGGAAGAUUAACAACACAUGGACUUGGGUGGGAAUCAACAAGACACUUACAGAAGAGGCUACAAACUGGGGUACUGGAGAACCCAAUAAUAAAAAGCAUAAAGAAGACUGUGUUGAAAUUUACAUUAAACGUUCUAUAGAUUCAGGAAAGUGGAAUGAUGAUGCAUGCACCAAGAGGAAGAGGGCGUUAUGUUACACAGCCUCAUGUGAGCCGCUAUCAUGCAGCAGUCAUGGAGAAUGCAUUGAGACCAUCAACAACUACACAUGUGAUUGUGAUCCAGGAUUUUACGGACCCCAGUGUCAACACGUUGUACAGUGUCGGCAUCUAUCAGCCCAGCCUCAAGGAUACAUGAAUUGUUCUCAUCCAUGGGGAAACUUCAGCUUUCAGUCUUCUUGCCACUAUGGAUGUUUUGAUGGAUUCUUCCUUAAUGGUACAGAUACGAGCAUAUGUCUCCCAUCUGGGACGUGGAGCAGUGAAGAACCAUAUUGUACAGCUGUUCCAUGUGAUGAGCUCAGUCCUCCUCAGCAGGGCUCCUUCACAUGUCACCAUCCAUCGGCAGAGAACAGUUUUGGUUCCACUUGUGAAUUCACCUGCUCAGAAGGAUGGAAACUAAAGGGAUACAAUAAAACAGUAUGUGGCCCUACAGGUCGAUGGACAGAGGAAAUUCCAGAAUGUGAAGCUGUUACAUGUAGGGCUCUCAGUCCUCCUCAGGAGGGGUCCCUCACAUGUCACCAUCCAUGGGCUGAGAACACUUUGGGCUCCAUUUGUGAAUUCUCUUGCUCAGGAGGAUGGAAACUAAAGGGAUCCAACAAAACAAUAUGUGGUCCUACAGAUCAAUGGACAGAAGAAACCCCUGAAUGUGAAGCUGUUCCAUGUGAUGAGCUCAGUCUUCCUAAGCAGGGUUCCUUCACAUGUCACCAUCCAUGGGCAGAGAACAGCUUUGGUUCCACGUGUGAAUUCACCUGCUCAGAAGGAUGGAAACUAAAGGGAUCCAAUAAAACAGCUUGUGGCCCUACAGGCCGAUGGACAGAAAAAGUUCCUGAAUGUGAAGCACAGGAGAAAGUUGUGGAUCUCCAGGAGGACCAUGCUAAAGCAGUAUUUAUUAUCGGCCUGGCCACUGCUACUAGUGCAUUAAUCUUAGCAACACUUUUCUGGUUAGUUAGCCGACGGUUGAAGAAAGGUAGAAAGAAAAGCACAAUACGAAAUUCUCCGUAUUGAAAAACUGAUGAAGCUUGAAGACAGAAAAGACAGACAAAGAUGGAUUUCUCCUGGACUAUCAGAUGCAAGCAUUUGUUUAUUCUGUAAUAACCUGUAAAUCAUCUAGUACACAGUGUAAAAAUGGACAGAAAAUGUAUAGAGUUCCAAUAAAAUAUUUGUAACUAAUUAUAUAAAUGAAAAUAA